AUGGGAUUCUCUUUCUAUAGUGUAAUUGAAGCAGCUCUACUGUGCAUUAAUGCAGUAGCGAUUCUGAAUGAACAGAGACUUCUGUCCAGAUUCGGUGAAAGUGGAAAUCAAUACACGACUGGUUACGCUGAUGAAUUUCAUCAGACCGGAGGAGCGAAACAACAAUUACUUACUUUAAUUCGAUCUGUUCGAACAGUGAUGCGAGUUCCAUUAAUUGCUUUUAAUAUUGUAACGAUUCUGUUUCUUGUUUUAUUCGGUUAA